AUGCACAAAAAGCAGUCUCAAUCGAGGGGAGCCCAAUUACAUAUAUCAACAGUAUGCAUCAAUGAUUUGGCAGGUGACCAAACGAAGGCAGAAGUCCAGUCAGCACAUGGAGCAUCGAAUCGGGAGAGCUCAUUUCCGAGAUUACAACAAGAUCCAAGCAACAGAAUCAAGUUGCUAAGAAGAGCAUGCUGCCGAGAGAAGCUUAAUGUACACUUUCCAUGA